CCUUGACCAUGAGAUUGAUCCUGUUAUAUGGUGCCCUUUUUGGGCUUAUCUACUGUCGAGAAACAUUUGUGGGAGACCAAGUUCUUGAGAUCGUCCCAAACAAUGAAGAACAAAUUAAAAGCCUGAUGCAGCUGGAGGCUGAAGAACAUCUCCAGCUUGACUUCUAGGAACCACCCACCAUCCCAGGAGAGAACCCAUAUCUGAGUGUCCAGGCACUCAAAGUUUUCUUGAAGUCUCAGAAAAUUGAUUAUUCCAUCAUGAUUGAAGAUGUUCAGGUGCUAUUGGACCAAGAGAAUGAAGAAAUGCUGUUUAAUCAGAGAAGGGAGCAGAAUGGUAAUUUCAACUUUGGGGCCUACCAUACUUUGGAAGAAAUCUCCCAAGAAAUGGAUCGCCUGGUGGCUGAGCACCCCGAUCUAGUGAGCAAAGUGAAUAUUGGUUCUUCCUUUGAAAACAGGACCAUGAACGUGCUCAAGUUCAGCACCAGAGGAAACAAGCCAGCUAUCUGGCUGGACGCUGGGAUCCAUGCUCCAGAGUGGGUUACACAAGCUACCGCACUGUGGACUGUAAAUAAGAUUGCCUCUGAUUAUGGAAAAGAUCCAUCCAUCACUUCUAUUCUGGAUGCCUUGGAUAUCUUCCUGCUGCCUGUUACAAACCCUGAUGGAUAUGUGUUCUCUCAGACCAAUGAUUGUAUGUGGUGAAAGACCCGAUCCAGGGUGGCUGGCAGCCUCUGUGUUGGUGUGGAUCCUAACCGGAACUGGGAUGCAGGUUUUAGAGGACCUGGAGCCAGUAGCAACCCUUGCUCUGAUUCAUACCGUGGACCUAGGGCCAACUCAGAGGUUGAAGUGAAAUCCAUAGUGGACUUCAUCAAGAGCCAUGGACAAGUGAAGGCAUUCAUUACCCUCCAUAGCUAUUCUCAGCUGCUCAUGGUUCCCUAUGGAUAUAAAUGUACCAAGAUAGGCAACUUUAACGAGCUGGAUGAAGUGGCCCAAAGGGCUGCACAGGCCUUGACUGGCCUGCAUGGCACCAGAUAUGAAGUGGGACCAAUCAGCUCAGUCAUCUACCAAGCCAGUGGUGGAAGCAUUGACUGGGCCUAUGAUUCUGGCAUCAAAUACUCAUUUGCCUUUGAACUGAGAGAUAUGGGCUACUAUGGCUUCCUCUUGCCAGCCAAGCAGAUCUUGUCCAUUGCAGAAGAGACCUGGUUUGGCUUGAAGACCAUCAUGGAGCAUGUUCGAGACCAUCCCUAUUAGGGAUCUGUGGA